CAUCUGAUCGAGCGCUGUGCGGCAGACACGCACACACACCGCGCCUCGGACCCAGAUCAUGACGCACGCUCCGUUUCCCCUUCAUUCGAUUCGUUUGAACGCUCGACGGCCCGUUUGAUCCGGAUCCGAUGGAGGGAGCCGCGGCCGGAGGAUGUUCCGCGCUGCCGGAGGACGCGGACGCGGUGCUCGGCGAGGGAUGCGGGAUGGAUGCUGCAGAGCUCGACGCUGCGCUUAAGAAGACCUACAUAACCGAGAUGCCGUCUUCCUCGUGUCACUCCAGCUCUGGCACUGAGAAGAAGAUCGGUCACAGGCGGGUCGAUGCGUCCGGCGAAACCACCUACAAGAAGACGACCUCGUCUGCCCUGAAAGGAGCCAUUCAGCUGGGGAUCGGCUACACCGUGGGUAACCUGAGCUCCAAACCCGAGCGGGACGUCCUCAUGCAAGACUUCUACGUGGUGGAGAGCAUCUUCUUCCCCAGUGAAGGCAGUAAUCUGACACCGGCACAUCACUAUCCAGACUUCAGGUUUAAAACGUACGCUCCGGUGGCGUUCCGCUACUUCAGAGAGCUCUUCGGGAUUCGACCGGACGACUAUCUGUAUUCUCUCUGUAAUGAGCCCUUGAUCGAGCUCUCAAACCCCGGUGCCAGCGGCUCCAUUUUCUACCUCACUCGAGACGAUGAAUUCAUCCUGAAGACCGUCAUGCACAAAGAGGCUGAGUUCCUGCAGAAGCUGCUUCCGGGAUACUACAUGAACCUGAACCAGAAUCCCCGCACGCUGCUGCCCAAGUUCUUCGGCUUGUACUGCGUUCAGUCCGGCGGGAAGAACAUCCGUAUCGUGGUGAUGAAUAACGUCCUGCCGCGCAUCGUUCGCAUGCAUCUCAAGUUCGACCUGAAGGGCUCCACGUGCAAGCGCCGCGCGUCCAAGAAAGAGCGCGAGAAGUCCAAGCCCACCUUUAAAGACCUGGACUUCAUGCAGGACGUUCAGGACGGACUCCUGCUGGACGUGGACACGUAUAACGCGCUGGUGAAGACGCUCCAGAGAGACUGUCUGGUGUUGGAGAGUUUUAAGAUCAUGGACUACAGUCUGCUGCUGGGGGUUCAUAAUCUGGAUCAGGCGGAGCGCGAGCAGCAGAUGGAGGGAUCUCAGAGCAGCAGCGAUGAGAAGAGACCGGCCGCGCAGCGAGCGCUUUACUCCACCGCCAUGGAGUCCAUUCAGGGAGGAGCGGCGUGCGGAGGCUCCAUAGACACCGAAGACACGAUGGGAGGCAUUCCUGCUGUCAGCGGCAAAGGAGAGAGACUCCUGCUCUUCAUCGGCAUCAUAGACAUCCUGCAGUCCUACAGACUCAUAAAGAAGCUGGAACACACAUGGAAGGCUCUGGUGCAUGACGGGGACACUGUUUCUGUCCACCGGCCGAACUUCUACGCUGACCGCUUCUUCAGGUUCAUGAGCAGUACUGUGUUCAGGAAAAGCAGCUCGCUGAAGGCUUCUCCGGCUAAGAAGGGCCGCGUGGCGCUGACCGUGUCCAAAUUCAGCGGCCCCGGAGCGGCCUGCUCGGCCAGUCAGCUUACCUCAGAGAGAGACCAGAACAUCUAUGAUCUGAGAGGAGCGCGCAGCUUCCCCGUGCUGGAAAACCAUGGUCUGCAGUCUUGCACUCCUCCGUCGUUCGAGGAAGCGACCACGACGUCUGUGGCCACAACUCUGUCCUCAAACACCUCCAUAUCUAUCCCAGAGCGCUCUCCGUCAGACACCACAGAGCAGCCGCGCUACAGAAGACACACAUUGCCUCUGAAAGACGCUGAGGGAAGGAUGCAUGAAGUGGUGCACGUGCAUGAGGAAGAGCAGCAGACCAUCACUGUGCAGGUGGAGGUGAAAAGAGAGAGAGAAGAGGAGGAGGAGGAGCCAGACGUCUCUCUGACGCACGCGGUGAUGGAUGUUCCUCCUCCAGACACUGAUGACCUUGUCCCAGAAACAGCCGCUUCAGCACCCGUUACCCAGGAAACCGUCUCCCAGGCAACACUUCCUGGUGACACCCAGACAACAGUUCCCGUGGAAACAGCUCCUCUGACAGAAACCGGGACCCUCGAAACAGCGCCGGCCCCUGAAGCAGCAGAGCCGUUCGGUUCUAGCCCGAAAAUGCAGCGUCCCGACGUGAACAGACUCUCAGAGUCCCAGAGCCGGGAGUCUCUGGAGGAAGAGGUCGCAUCAACCACUGACAUCUAUUUUUGAUCUGGAUGUUCAGGAGACUUCUCUCUCUCUGCUGUGGGACUGAAGGGGUUUUGCUGGUACCUGUUCUUCAGGAUGGAUCCUGCUCUUCUGAGCACGAGUGAGAUGAACUGAAAAACCUCCAGACAAAAAAAAAAAAGCUGUUCCUUUUUUACCUGGGUGCCACUUCCCGAUCAAUUCCCCUCAAAAGCAACGUUAGCUCUCAGAAAAUCCAGUGUGUGUGUGUUUGUGAAUCCAGACAUCAGGACGGUUAGUGACGUGCUUCGACUCCCUCAAAUACAUCUCGUCCUUUUGCAUUGCAAGCUGUCGACGACCCAUAAUGCACUAGACUAGAUUUAAUGUCUUCGAUCAUUCCAUGAACUCAGCCGAACGACGUCGGCAGUCCUGAAUCCAUGUGUGAUACAUGAUAGAUUUUUAUUGUGUGUACAUCUGAGAUGUUCAGAGUUAAAAUAUGUGAUCAAAGGAAUAGGUUUGAGACUGAAAGCAUUUCUGCAGAUGAUUGAAAACAUAUCAUGUGAUGCUGGAAGCUGCAACAUAUCAGCAUCACCUAUGAAUCCAGCCUCAAUCACGUGAGUCCUGUCUUUUUCCAUCAGUCAUGUAGUCAUUUCUCCUUUUUGUAUAUUUCUUUCUCUGUAUUUUUUCACAAGUCAAAUGAGUUUUGUUGGUCUAUUAUACUGUUUUAGAUCGUCUUCACUAAAGCAUGCUGAAUUCCCUCUAUUCAGGUCAACACACUGCAGAACAUCAUUCAAUCAACAUGUUUGUAUUGUUUUUAAAUACAAUUCCUAAGCAUCAUUAAAAUGAGAUGCAUUUACUUAAAUAUUAAGACUUUUUUUUGAGAACAUAUAUCUUGAUUUUUUUUC